AUAAAAAAAUCACAUUACAUUUGAGGAUAUAUUUACAAAUUUGGAUAAUACAAGGACUAUAGUGACUAAACAAAGCAGUGUGAUGAUCGGUCAAAAAUAGAAAAGGAGUGAUCAGAUCACUCAUCAAAAUUAAAAUGAGAAACUGAUUGGAGUCUUGUAUUGUACUUUUCUAAUGCCAAGCUAAGUGACGCAAUAAUAAAUAAUAUUGUAGCAAAGCUCCUUUAUAAUUUAUUUAUUUAUUUAUGGUCCAUUGGAGCCCUAUUAAUUUCCCUUUUCCCCCACAUUUGUAGCAAAUUCAGCACUUAAACAUCCAUCCCCACCAAACUAAGCUUUUUAUUUUGUGUCACUAUCAAACUCCAAACAUAUUCCACUUCCUUUAACUUUAAUAACUUAAGAUAACAAAAAUCUCUUCCCCCAUGGAAGAAAACCAAAGCACUCAAAACCAACAACACCAUCUUCCUCCAGACAAAUUACAAAUGAACAAACCUGCUCCCUAUGGCACAAGUUCUUCCAAACGUGCAUUCUGCACAUUCCUUACCAUUUUUCUUCUACUAAUUGGUGUCACUCUUUUAGUCCUAUGGCUUGUCUACCGUCCACACAAACCCCACUUCACGGUUGUCGGUGUCGCCGUAUAUGGCCUCAACACUACCUCACCACCGCUCCUUUCUGCUACCUUGCAGUUCAACGUCCGCAUAAAGAACCCGAACAGGCGUGUCUCUGUUUAUUAUGACAGAUUCUCUGCUUUUGUAUCUUACAAGAACCAAGCCAUAACACCGCAGGUUAUGCUACCACCUCUUUUUCUGGAGAAGCACAGUCAGGUUUCGUUGUCUCCGGUGCUCGGAGGCACGGCGGUGCCUGUGUCUGUGGAAGUAUCGAAUGGGUUGAUGGUGGAUGAGGCCUAUGGGGUGGUGGGUCUGAAACUUGUGUUUCUAGGAAGGUUGAGGUGGAAAGCUGGAGCAAUAAAAACAGCACAUUAUGGAUUCUAUGGAAAGUGUGAUGUAUUGAUUGGUUUGAAGAAAGGUUAUGUGGGUCAGGUUCCUCUGCUUGGCAAUCCACCUUGCAAUAUCGACAUAUGAAAUUAGUGGAUUGAAUGAAUAUUUGAUCAAAGUGUAAUAAAAUUAAUGCAAUAUGUUGUUACUUUUCUUUUUUGUUUUAAACUAGUAGAAAUUAAUUAGUAGUAUAUGUAAGAGUUUGAAUUUUUUUGGGGCCGGGGCUUGUUUGAGUACUGCAUGUGUUAGAGAAGGUUAGGUGAUGAUAUGAUCUGUUCUUCACUCUAAAGCUCAAAUUCAACAAUUAGUACGUAAUAGUGAAA